AUGGCUGAGUGUGGAAGGGAGCUAAACGAACGGUGUGAGGUUGAGAGACACUUCCUGCAGUACCACCAUCAUCACCGCGGCCCCGCCCAUACCACCCCCAGCACCACCUCCGCUGCCACCUCCACCACCAGCCACCACCUCCACUACCCAUGGCCUUCAACGACACUGGAGGAGGAGGAGGACGAUGACGGGCGCCUCCUCAUCAUCACCAGCACCGGCACGGGCACCAAUGUCCUCCCGACCUUCCCCAUCGUCGACCUCAACACGCUGACCAACGCCAACGUCACCUUAGGCCUCGGCGCAGCCCUCCUCGCAGCCGCCGCCAUCGCUGGGCUCACGGCGGCCACCAUCACGCUCGCCAUCCUCCUCGGCAUCGAAGUCAAGAAAGACAAGAAGUACGACGACGACUACGGUUACUCCGGCAGCUCGUCCUACGCUAGCGGCCCGUCCUCGUAUGAUAUGAGUUCCUACUCCAUCAAGAGGUCCUUGGAGGAGGCUGCCAAGAAGUAUCUGUAAGGAAGGAAGAAAGGAAGGAUGGGAGGAAGAAAGGAAGCCCACCGUCGCCCACUGACCUGUUUUCUUCCUACUCCUCCUCCUCUUCCUCAUAUUCUAAAACGCAGCUAUCUGUAAGGAAGGAAGAAAGGGAGAAAGAAAGGAAAACAGGAAGGAAGUCUAGCGUCGCCCAAUGACCUGUUAUCUUCCUACUCCUCUUUCUCCUCUUCUUCCUCCUCUUUCUCAAAUUCUAAAACGCAGCUAUCUGCAAGGAAGGAAGAAAGGGAGGAAGAAAGGAAAACAGGAAGGAAGACAGCCCAGCGUCGCCCAAUGACCUGUUAUCUUCCUCUUCCUUCUCUUCCUCCUCCUUCUGUUCCUCGCAUUCCAAAACGCAGCCGAGUCAUCCUCCCGUUUAGACAAUUCUAUUCAAAAUCCCCACAACAACCACCUCCUCCUCCCCCUCCCCCUUCUCCCCCUCCCUUCCCCUUGGCCUUGUAACCCCUCCACCCACCCCAUCCCUUACAGACAUCCCUGCCCUUCACGCCCUCCAGCGACCCAUGAUCAUAGUUCCUCCCAGGAUGACGGAGACAAAAACACACGAAGAUAAAAAAGACUUAGGUGACAAUUAAACAACGAGUGACUGAAUAAUCUUAAGACCCAAAACUCAGCUACCUUUGCGACUCACUGCUUUCACUCACGACUCAUAACUUUCAUCCAUGACUCAGAUUUAGCACUCAUGACUCACGGGUUGACUUCGCCGACUCACGCAUUCACUCACUCACUGGCUGACUCACCAUAUCUCUACUCGCGACAGCUCCGACCCGUCCACCGACUCUAGUCACGCAAGUAUGAACGAGACUGAUUGAACGAACCUCAUGAGACGCCAAAGACGCAACGUUACGCUAGCCUAGACUAAGACACUCAAACGUUAGUGUGCAGACAUAUUCUUAAACGUUUCGGGCUACACCUAUGACGAUUUUCCAAGGCCACGGAGAUGAUUAACUGGGUUUUCAUGGGUGUUUCUCGUUCAUGGCUCAAAAGUCGUGUAAAACUAUCAUUAGGUUCACGAAAUAGUCCAUGAAAAUCACUGCAACUUCUACGACAGGCUUUUCAAACAGACGAACUUAGGUUUCAUGGGUAUUUUUUUCCGUUCAUAGCGCAAAAGUCGUGUAAAACUAUCAUUAGGCUCACAAAAUAGUCCAUGAAAAUCUAUGCAACUUCCACGAGAGGCUUUUCAAACAGACGAACUUAAGUUUCAUGGGUGUUUUUUUCCGUUCAUGGCUCAGAAAUCGUGUAAAACUAUCAUUAGGCUCACAAAAUAGUCCAUGAAAAUCUCUGCAACUUCUACGACAGGCUUUUCAGACAGACGAACUUAGGUUUCAUGGCUGUUUUUUUUCCAUUCAUGGCGUAGAAGUGACGUAAAACUGUCAUUAGGGUAAAAAACAGUCCAUGAAAAUCCUUGCAACUUCUACGAGAGGCUUUUUAAACAGGAGAACUUGGGGGCCGAGACGUUUAAGAAUGCUGGCUAUAGACGUAGACGUAGACAUGUUGUUUUCCCUCUAUAAACAAGACAUUAGCCAAGACUUAGGAAAACAGCACAAGCUACCUCUUCCCGUUUUCUUCCUCGCGCUCUUUCUUUUCUUGCCUCUUAUCCCCUAAAAAAAACAAGACUCCCAUGACUUAAAAACACGGAACAAAGAACAAUCUCCGUUUUCUUUCUUCUUCCUCCAUCUUCUCCAUUGUCUUUAUCCAUUCGUCUUUCCACAACUAAGACCCCCACACAAUCACCCGACGCACGUGACACAUACUCAUCAUCAUCAUCAUCAUCAUUAGACAUCUCUUUACGUACGUAUAUAACGACUUGUGCCUCCGUAACGACACAACGAAAUGCCGCUACACGAAGACCUCAACGAAAGCUUACGAGAUACCUUGCCGACGUCACUAUAGAAAAGACAACGCACUAGCGAGACUGUAGUAUGACACCCUCCCACCCCUUCCCCCACCACCCUAAUUACGGUUCCCCCUCCUCCCCCUCCUCCUUCAACCCCGACAAACGCACUAAGACCCUCCCUCAAAUCCCCACCAUGUUCAGACUGGGUAUCCUUCAGAGUUCCUCCUUCAACGCCUCCUACAGAUAACCCCCACACUAAGACACCUCCUACAGACAUCCUCCACCCCUUUUUACCCUCCUACAGACAUUCUUAAGACACUAUCAACAUCCCUAAAGAAACAUCGACUGAGUAUCCUUCAGACGCAUCCUACAUCUCUCUCCACCGACAACACCCUCUUGAAGGACGCCCAAACGUGACAUAAUGACCUUAUCGCAGGAUCUGGCCUACGUGACCUGACCUGACCUGACCUGACCUUCGCCCACCGUGACUCACAGACAGUGCCAUGACCUUAUUUAAGUACUCACCCUUGCCUUCCCUAACACUUCUUAAUACUCCCUUCACCCUACCCGUGCCAACUCUUCCCUUACCUUACCCUCCCUUAUCCUCACCCUUAUGCCAAGCUACCCUCGCCCCUUCACAUCCUACCCUACCCUGCCUUUCUCAUAGUCUUCCCUUACUCUCCCUGUCUUUUCGUCCCCUCUCCCCUUCCCCUCCCUUUACUUCACUUCAACCUUCCCUUGUCUUAUACCUUCCCCUACCCUCUCCCACCCUACCCUGCCCUUGUUCUUUCCAUCCCUUGAGCUCCCUGCCCUUCCCCUGCCCCCUCCCCUGCUAAUCUACUCCCUGCUGGCGGGGAGUAGAAGUUCAGCGGGGGCUACUAACCUAUCUACUACUACUACUACUACUACUACUAGAUCUAAGUGUUACAUUGUUAUAGUCUAGGUCCCUGGUAUCCCGCUCCUAACCUAACCGUCCCCCCCCCCUCCCCCCAUUAAGUUAUUAUUGUUGUUCUUGUUAUUGUUGUCGGAUCACCUGUUAUUUAUUGAGAUAAUUUAUACAACUGUAAAUACAGUAACACGCA